AUGUCCGGUUCCAAGAGAAGCCUCCCGUCUUGGAUGGGUUCUUCUAAAGAUGGAGAGGACGAUUCAAGCAAGAAGAAACAGGCAGGCACCUCCCAGAAGGCUCAGAAAGGGCCUGAUUUCUCCAAACUUUUGGACGGGGUGGUGUUUGUGCUGUCAGGGUUUGUGAACCCGGAGAGGAGCACGCUUCGUUCACAAGCAUUGGACAUGGGGGCUGAGUAUCGAGCCGAUUGGACAUCAGACUGCACCACCCUUCUUGUUUGUGCAUUUGUCAACACCCCCAAGUUUCGACAAGUUCAGGCGGAUAAUGGAACCAUUAUCUCAAAGGACUGGAUCUUCGAGUCUUACAAGCAAAAAAAACUUGUGGACAUUGAACCUUUCCUUAUGCAUGCUGGAAAGCCAUGGCGGAAAAAUAAGGAGCCUGUCGAAACUGAUCAAGAAAUUGCAAUGAGAAGGAGGCAGCAUAAAAUGCAUCAAAAGCAAGUUCAACAGUCUCGUGUCAAGCCAUCCACCUCUGAUGCCACGGAGGCAGGAAAUUUAGAAUCUACAAACAAGUGCUUUUCUCCCUCAAAAAUAAAGCAAUGGGCUGUGGAUGAUUUAGCACAGACUAUGUCAUGGCUGGACAGCCAAGAAGAGAAGCCAGAGCCAAGUGAACUGAAGACAAUAGCUUCUGAAGGGGUAAUCACUUGUCUGCAAGACGCCAUAGAAUCCCUCGAGCAAGGCAAUGAUAUCAAGGGAGUUGCAGAGCAGUGGAGCUUCGUCCCCCAUGUUGUCAACGAACUGCUAAAACUAGAUGGAGGCGGAAAAGGCGCAGCUCUGCCCAAAGAACAACUAUGUCAACUAGCAGCCAAGUGCAAGAAGAUCUAUCAGGCUGAGUUUGCUCGCGUGGACAUCGAUGGCAAGAACAAGGAUAAGCAUCGAAAUGACUCACAUGUGACCGAGCAUCGCAGGAAGACCAAAUCGGAUGAUGAUCACUACGAUAGCGAUGAGACGAUAGAAAUGACAGAGGAAGAGAUUGAUUUCGCAUGCAGACAGCUCCCUGGGCUAUGCGGAUGA